AAAACGAUAUUUUUACAAUUUUCUUUUGGAUUUUGGUUUUGGACGAGGAAGAAGAAAAGGGGGUCGUCGUCGAAUCCGUUCCUUGCCGGCGGCAGUGGAGACAGAAGACUCACCGUCGCUGAAUUACAAGAGAAAAUGGCUAAAAUUUCAGUCAGAUCGGGUUCGCCGAUGGCGAGGGUGUUUUCACUAGUGGCGGAAAAAAAACAUCAAUCGCUAGAGACUCAAAGGCGACUUGGGUUUUGGUAGCAAAGAGGUCUAGGUGAGGUCUAGUAAGACUCUUGAGAAAUUUAACUUAAAAAAUGGAUUAUAUGGCUAUAGACUAAAUGAUUUGUGAACUUGAAUACUAAAAAAAUGGUUGUGUGCGUUUGUUCUGGAAUUUUAAUUAUUGUUGGAUUUGAUCGGUGGAUUUAGAUCUAGCUCUAGAUACUCUUGAAGUUAGAAAAG